UACGUAAAACGUGCAGAUGACGUAAGUGCGUACAUGGAUGAGACGUCAGGGCGUUUACAGCUAAUUUGGCAGCACGAAAAUAAGCACUAAUAAUUUAAACACUAAUUUAUACAAGUUUAAACCAGUAGCGGACGACUGGACGAAAAUGUGCCGUUUGAUGAGUGUUGUCUUGUUGCUGGUGUGCACCGUGAACACAGUGACCUGCCAGGUGAAGGUGGAGGCUCAUAUCGGGGACACCGUCCUGUUGCCCUGCAGCUACAGCGAGGUCACACAUCUCUCAGAUGAAACAACCGUCUUCUGGGUGGACAAAGACGACAGCAUCUUGCUGGAGAUUACUGGAUUCAAGACAACAUUUGCUUCGCAAAACAAGAAGUUCAGAGAUCGAGUGAGGAGUUUCUCGGAGCAGCACAGGAAGGGAAACUUCUCCAUCCUGAUGGACAACGUCCAGCAGUCGGACAGCGGUCCGUAUGACUGUUUCAACGUGUCACUGGACUUCAAACAGCGGGUCCUUCUGAGUGUUUCAGGCACUCGUGUGGACGCAACGGCAGCGACUGAUCCUCCAGGACCAUCAGGAGGAGCCGUGGGAACACCAAACCCCCUGCACACCACUUCUCUCUCUUUGUUAUUCACUUCUUUACCUAUGCUUGCACUGAAACUCUAAUAAUGAAAAACUGAGCUUUUAUUUCAUGAAGGGAACCUCAGGAACACUCUGACGGAAUUUCUCUCAAAGGUAAAGUAAGUAAGUAGGACAACAUCUGACACACAGGUCAAAGGAGAUAAAAUUUUACAUCCAGAAGGUCAAAGGCUAAGCUCCAGCUGUUACUUAACCCAGAAGUAAAGGUCCCUAUGAAGCAUGAAGUAUUUUACUGUGAUGCUGAUGUGUACCAGUUAUUGUAAAUUUAUCUUAUAUAUUUAUAUUUAUCUUUGUGAUUUAGGAAUCCUCAUAAACAUCCAUCCUGAGUGACCCGACCACAAGGUGGCAGCUCUGAGCACAGCUGUGACCGACAGACCACACGUUUGUCCCACUGAUGGACUAACAGCUGUCCACCUGUGACCGGAUCACUCAGGACUGAUGUUAAUCCCAGGUCUCACUGGACCCUAAUGUUUCACUGAAGACAGGUCAGUCUCUAAAAACCAUCCAGAUGAGGGAAGAUGUCAUCAAAACAUUAAACUGCACAGUAGAAAAAGUCGUGCUGAUUAGAAGAGUUCACAGUAGGAGAAAGAUGAUAAAAAUCACGCUGACAACUGCUUCAGUUGUUCACAGUAAUAAACUCUGACCUGAUUGGACAGCCAAUCAGUGUUUCCAUCACUCACCGAAACGCAUUGAAGCUUUACACGUAUGUUAGCCUAACUACUAUAUUUACCAACACACAUUUCAGCUGUCAAUAAAGGAAUAUAUGAUUUAUUUAUUUAUUUACUCUUGAAUAUGUUGCUCAAUAGAAAAUCUGCUUCUGUUUCUCAGAGCAUGUUUCUGUUGCUGUCUGGGUGUCUGUACCCUUAGAAUAAACUGCAGACUGAAGUUUGUUUUGUUCUUGAAUAAAAAGUUCAGGUAGAAGAAA